ACUUUAAACUGUUCCAUGUGUUUAAAUGUUUCAUUUAGUUACAGGAUGUCCAGGAAACAUACGGGGGGUGGUGGGGGUAGAAAAAAGGCUGAAAAGAGGCCGACUAGUGGAGUUCCAGGAUCAGAGUCCGGGAUCAGAAGAGUCCGGCAGGAUCAGAGUCCAAGAUCAGGAGACAUGGAUGUCAGUCAAAGCUCAAAGUUCCUAGUUUCUUCUCUGAUGAUGACGAUGAUGAUGACUUCAGCUGCAGCACAACAGAACCUGUGCUCCAACUCGACAGUGCUGAGGACGCGGUCGUCGUGUCACUCAUGCAGCGUCAGUCUGUUGAUCCCAUGUCCAUCAGGAUUCAAACAGACACCACAGUCCGUCGCUCAGGACUGCAGGUACUAUAUCAGAACGCCCAGUCUGAAGUUACCACUGAGCGGCUGCUCUUUUGAGUGUUACCGUGAGGUGGAGUUGAAGAACUGUUGCCCUGGUUACUGGGGUCCAGACUGCAUCGAGUGUCCUGAAAACGCUGAGAGACCCUGCAGUGGCAGAGGAGUCUGCUCCGAUGGACUGGGAGGGAACGGAACCUGCAGCUGCCAGGCGGGGUUUGUAGGAACAGCCUGUGAAGGCUGUCUUCCAGGUGUUUAUGGUCCCACCUGUAGUUCAGAAUGCACCUGUCACCACGGUCUCUGUAACUCUGGAUUACGAGGUGACGGUCGUUGCACCUGUUUCUCCGGAUACAGAGGCCCACAAUGUGACCAAGAGAUGCCGGAGUGCGCGGCUCUCCGCUGUCCACAGAAUUCUCGGUGUUUGGAAGAGGCUCUGACAGGGAAAAUGGAGUGUCAUUGUGCAGUUGGUUUCCAGAUGACAGCAGACCAGUGUUUAUCCAUAAACCCGUGUCUCCAGCAGCUGUGUCAUGUCCACGCCUCCUGUGUCCACACGGGUCCAGGCCAGCACCUGUGCGCCUGCAAUGAGGGCUACAGUGGGGACGGAAAAGUCUGCAUGGCUGUUGAUCCGUGUCAGACCAAACUGGGAGGCUGCGCUGCAGAGUCAGCGCGGUGUGUCUUUGACGGACCAGGGAAGUCUCACUGCGAGUGUCUACCCGGUUUUGACCUCCUGUCCAACGGCGGCUGCAGUCUGAAGGAAUCAUGCGGACCUCGUUCCUGUCACGCCAACGCCAACUGUACCACCAUGGGUCCCGGACAAAUCCAGUGCACCUGUCUUCAGGGCUACAUUGGGAAUGGGAAGGUGUGCUAUGGGACCAUCAUGCAGCGUCUGAAUGAGCUGAACACAGAACCCGGCGGACAGUGGAGCGGUCAGCUGAGCAAAGCCAUCUCUCUGUUUGAUUCUGUGUCGUGGCCCCUGCAGAACCUCGGUCCGUUCACUGUGUUUGUCCCGAUCAAUAAAGGCUUCAAAGGAACGGCGGUGAAGACCCUGACUGCCGACUUGUCCAAAGCAAAGUACUUAUGUAAGAUGCACCUGGUUGCCAAAGUGAUGCCCUUUGACACUCUGAAGAAAACCGAUGUCUUCUACACCCUGACUGGAAAAACAGCAGAGACAGACACAUCGCUUGGGGACUCCCAGACUAAGAUCCGUAUCCAUGGCAGCAGACAGAGAGGCGUCAUCGUCCAGUCUGACCUUGUGGCGUCCAACGGGCUGAUCCAUUUGAUCAAUAAUCUAAUGCAGAGUGUGUCUCCCACAGUGGACAGUGACCCCAAGGAGAACCUGAUGAAGAUCAUUGGCGACUACGGGAAGUUCGCCACAUUCAAGACUCUGCUGGAGAAAACGGACAUGGCGUCGGUCAUGGAUCUUCCCGGCCCGAUCACCGUCUUCGCCCCGACAACUGCAGCCUUUCAAGCCAUGACAGAGGGACAUCUUUCUUACUUUAACAGCCCUCAGGGUCACAACAAACUGCUGGAGCUCAUCAGGAACCACGUGGUCAUGUCCACCUCUCUGGAAGUCUUUAACGCCGCGUCGAGUCCCAGGAUUGUAACAAUGGCCAAUCAGGUUCUGGAGAUUAACGUGACAGAAAAUGGUCAGUUUCUGGUGAACGGAGCAGCGGUGGUGGAGGCAGCCGUGGAAGCAAAGAACGGACGUCUGUAUGUGCUGGAUGGAGUGUUGACUCCGGCCUCCAUCCAACCUGUGCUGCCCCACAGGUGUGACGUCACAGAGAGCAAGACUGUCCCGGGUGAAUGUGUGAGCUGCUCUAAAGUUAAACUGUCUCAGUGCUUGUCUGGAGUUUACAUGAGCUACUACACCUUCGGAUGUCUUUACACACUGUCCUUUGGAAAUCCACCCGUCAAAGUCCCAGUCAGCGGCUGUUCGCCGCUCUGUAACACCACAGUGACGACACGGGCCUGUUGUAAAGGUUUCUAUGGCGACGACUGCACUCCAUGUCCGGGUGGAUACCAGACUCCGUGCUCAGGACGCGGUCAGUGCACAGAAGGCAUCACAGGAAAUGGGUCGUGCAUCUGCGAGCCCAACUUCCGUGGCUCUCGCUGUCAGUACUGUUCGUCCCCCAACAAAUACGGACCAAACUGUGACAAAACCUGCCUCUGCAUCCACGGACAGUGUAAAAACCAUCCGGAAUCAGACGGCCGAUGUAAACAGGACUCGUGUCUCGCCGGGUUCACCGGACAGUUUUGCGAGCGCAAGACGUCGCCGUGUUCUUCUCAAUUCUGCCACGCCCACGCCGACUGUGACUUCAGCCAGGGGGCGAAAAGAUGUGUUUGCAAGCCAGGUUACCAAGGUGACGGCAUCACCUGUGUGGAGUCGGACCCCUGUGCACCGCCUCUGCGCGGCGGGUGCAAUGUGAACGCUAAGUGUAUAAAGACAGGACCCGGGACUCACACCUGCCAGUGUCUGACAGGGUGGCAGGAGGAUGGAGACGAGUGUCAACCAAUCAACAACUGCAACGGUCCAGACAGAGGAGGCUGCCAUCCCAACGGUACCUGCAUCUACGUUGGCCCCGGACAGAGCGACUGCACCUGUAAAUCUGGGUACAAAGGGAAUGGACAUGACUGUGAAGCCGUGAACCAGUGUGUCACCGUCGCCGGAGGCUGCCAUUACCUGGCCACCUGUCGCCUGCUGUCCUCUCAGUGGACAUGCGUGUGCGAUGACGGGUACAUCGGAAAUGGACAAAUCUGUUACGGUACGGUGGAUCAGGAGCUGAUGGCUCUGCCCGACACCGCUGACUUCUUAAGGUGGACUAAGGACUCUGGUUUGUCUCUGAUGGAUCAGAACAUCACCCUCCUGGUUCCGUCUUCAGCUGCCGUCGCCAAAAUGUCCUCUGAAGACAAAAGCUUCUGGACAACAAAAGGGAACCUGCCGAGUCUCGUCAGAAAUCACGUGAUCGCAGGAAACUACCCGUCAUCCAACCUCAGCUCUGUUUCCUCUGUCACGUCACUUCUCACAGUAACACUUCCUGUUUCUACAUCCAAUGAGGUCGUAACUGUUGGUGGCGCCGCCAUCACCACAUCCAACAUCGCUGCAACCAACGGCCUGAUCCACGUCAUUGAUAAGGUUUUGGUCCCCGACAGGAAGUUGAGUGAAGGGCUACUGGAGAUGCUCGCUUUGAGACCCGAGUUUUCGCUGUUCAGAUCAUACGUCAUCAAUAACAACCUGACGGACGAGAUUGAGCGAGCGGACGAGUUCACCCUCUUCGCUCCGACAGACGCGGCCGUCAAUGAUUACCUCAAGAAAACGGCUGCCACCGCUCUGGAUGUGAACACAACGCGUUACCACGUGGUGGCAGGACAGCGCCUGUUGAGGACCGACCUGCAGCCUGGUGGAUACAAGCAGACGCUGCUCGGAUUCUCCUUCCAGCUUAAAAUUUUUCCCCAAGACGGAAAGUUAUUUGUGAACAACGCUCAGAUAAACUCGUCCAACCUCCUGAGUGGCAAAGGCGUCAUUCACGGUUUGUCGGCCGUUCUCCAGAUCAACAGGAACCGAUGUGACGGAGCGUUGUACAAGAGCGUCCAGGGAACGUGUGUUGACUGUUUGUUCCCACAAUCUGUUAUCUGCCCUAACAACACCGUCCCUGUCAAAUCUGCAAGGGCCAGGAAGUGCAUGAUGUCCAGAGUUUUUGAAGGCGAGCGCCUACUGGCGGUUGGCUGCAGAGCCACCUGCCUCCAAACAACCAUUAUACCAAGGUGUUGCAGAGGGUUUUUUGGGCAGCACUGUGAGCAGUGUCCUGGUCCGAAGGGUCAGCCCUGCUUUGAAAACGGCGAGUGUUUGGACGGGAAAAACGGGACCGGAGUGUGCCAGUGUCAGCGCGGUUUUGACGGCACGGCAUGCGAGACUUGUCAGAGCGGGAAAUACGGCAUCCACUGUGAUCAGGAGUGCAAAUGUAAGAACGGACGCUGCAACGAAGGACUGACGGGUGACGGGACCUGUGAGUGUGACGUCGGCUGGAGAGGAGUCCUCUGUGACGAAAAGAUCCAGUCCUCAGCUGACGAACUGUGCGGCUCAGUGAAAUGUCACACCAGUGCGAACUGUGCUACCGGACCGGUCGGCCCCCAGUGUCUCUGUGCGGCAGGAUUUUAUGGAAACGGGACGUACUGUCAAGCUAAAGAUGCCUGUGCAAGCAACAACGGCGGCUGCAGUCUGUACGCCGUCUGUAAGAGGACGCAGCCGGGACGCAGGGACUGCGUGUGUCUCAGUGGCUACAGCGGCGACGGUCUUAUCUGCGUGGAGAUCAAUCCAUGUCUGGAAGGAAAUGGUGGUUGUCAUGCCAACGCCGACUGUAUCCACAUCGGACCAAAUAAAACGUCCUGCGCCUGCAGCGAUGGUUACUCAGGUGGUGGAAAGAACUGUGUCAUGAUCAACCUUUGUCAAACGAAAAAUGGUGGCUGUCAUCGGUAUGCGAACUGCGCCAUGGUUACCCCGGGUGUCCAGAACUGCACCUGCAAAACUGGUUUCCAGGGCGAUGGAUUCAAAUGCAAAAGCACCGUGGGAAGGGAAAUACUCACGCGCAAGCUACGAGAGUUCUACUUCGGCCUCGCGGCAGCCGAUAUUUCUCUGAAAGGCCGUGGGCCGUUCACCGCCUUUGUUCCAACAUUUGCCGCCUUUGAAGUGGACAAAAAGGGCAUCAACAGGCUGAGAGAUAAAGACGGUGCUGCCGCCAUCCUGCGCGGUCACAUCGUCAUGUGUCACACGCUACUUCCUGCUGACCUCAGUCGCCCCCGGAACUUGACCUCGCUGUCUGGACUCGUCCUGACCACCAGGUCCAUCCAGGGCAGCAUCUUUGUCAACGAGGCGAACAUCACGUACAGCGAUGAGCCCAGCGUCAACGGGAUUUUCCAUGAGAUCGAUAAGAUCCUGUUUCCUCCAAAGGACCCGGAGCCUACCAAUCUGAACCUGACCGACGUGGCCGAUCGUCACGGUUACAGAAGCUUCUACAAGCUGCUCCAGGACACAGGUGUGGUGAACAUACUGAGUGACGGGUUGUACCAGCCAGUGACCGCCUUCCUGCCGUCAGACGCUGUCAUGGCGUCGCUGCCGCAGCAACAGAAGGACUUCCUGUUCCACCCAGACCACCAGACCCAGCUGGUGGAGUACUUGAAGUACCACAUUCUGCAUGGCCAGAAGGUUUUUGCUGAAGGUCUGAUCCACCUGGACUCGCCGCGGACCCUUCAGGGCUCGCCGCUCUCCUUCGUCUGUGGCGGAUCAGACAACAUCGGAGAAAUCUUUGUUAACGACGCAAAGUGUCGGAUUACGCAAAGAAACCUCAUCUUCAAUGGCGGCAUCGCCUACGGGAUCGACUGCCUGCUGACACCGCCGAGCCUGGGAGGACGCUGUGACGAACAAACAACCUUUGACUUAAAGAUGGACUGUGGACUGUGCCAGUCCCAAUCUAAUAGCUGUCCUCGAGGCUCCAAACUGAAGGAGGUUCAGAAGUGCGACCUGCCCAACAUGUAUAUUGCGAAGGACUCCGGUUGUCGCAACGUCUGCACCAUCAAAUUUUGGCAGCCAAAGUGUUGCCGUGGUUACUAUGGACGCGACUGUUUAGUGUGUCCAGGUGGCGUCAGCUCCCCUUGUAGUAACCGUGGUAAAUGCGACGACGGUCACCUUGGUAACGGCACCUGUACGUGUGACGCAAGCUUUGGGGGCUUGGCCUGUGCCCAGUGCAGCACAGGCUUCUUUGGGCCCACCUGUCGAGCGUGUAACUGCUCGGAACACGGGUCAUGUGACGACGGACGCAGAGGGACAGGCGGGUGUUUCUGUGACGCUGGCUGGACGGGCGAGCGCUGCGAGACCGAACAGGCGGACCCCCCUCAGUGCUCGCCCUCCUGUUCCCCCAAGGCCGUUUGUAAAGAAAACAACACCUGUGUCUGUCGGCCAUUUUAUGAAGGAGAUGGAUACACCUGCACAGUGGUGGACAUGUGUCAGGUGUGGAAUGGCGGUUGUGCCAAAGGAGCCCGCUGCGCUCAGAAAGGUGGCCAGGUGACCUGCACGUGUCCACGGGGACACUCCGGGGACGGCUUCACGUGUAUGCCCAUCGACCCUUGCGCCUCGGGAGACAACGGCGGCUGCCACGAGCACGCCGUCUGUACCAUGACGGCGCCGGGGAGGAAGCGGUGCUCGUGUAAAGACAACUACGUUGGCGACGGCGUGACAUGUGAGGUCAAACAGCUGCCAAUUAGCCGCUGUCUCCAAGGCAACGGACAAUGUCAUCAAAAUGCCAAAUGUACAGAUCUUCACUUUGAAGACUCGACGCUUGGCGUGUUUCACAUCCGCUCAGACGACGGUCAGUACAAGCUAAACUUCACCGCAGCUCAACGCGCCUGCACUGUCGUGGGUGGCACCCUGGCUACAUACAAUCAGCUGUCCUACGCUCAGCAGGGCGGGCUCAACAUGUGCGCCGCUGGCUGGUUGGACGAGGCGCGCGUUGCUUAUCCGACCACUUACUCCAAUCCCAACUGUGGUUUCGGACACGUUGGAAUUGUGGACUAUGGAGCGCGCAAGAACACGAGCGAGACGUGGGACGCGUUCUGCUACAGGAUGAAGGAGGUCCGCUGCGAGUGUCUGGUCGGUUACGUUGGAGACGGAUUCAAGUGCACAGGAAACUUGCUGCAGGUGCUCAGGUCCACGCCGACCUUCUCCAACUUCCUCACUCAAAUCCUGAACUACUCUCAGGUGUCAGAGUCAGGGAAAACGUUCUUGAAGCGUCUGAGCAACAUCACCAUCCUGGGAACGCUGUUUGUUCCUGAUAACGACGGUCUCCCUGGCAACCAGACCCUGUCUCAGCAGGACAUUGAAUUCCACCUGCUGGAGGGCCGGGCCCUCGUGGCCAGCGACCUGAAGAACGGCACUCGCAUCAAAACCAGAGGCGGGAGUCUGACCGUCAUUGGUGUGUCGGACCUGCUCAACCCGGCAGUUCUGUCGUCUCGUUACAUCAACGACCGUUUCGUCACGGUCUCCGACAUCAUCGCCUCCAACGGGUUCAUACACGUCCUCCAGGGACCCCUGAAAGCCCCGCCCCCUCAUCAUGAGAUGCACGCCUCUCACAAAGCGGGAGUAGGCAUGGGCGUGACACUGCUGGUCAUUCUGACGGCGGCGGUUAUGUUUGUGGGAUUUAAGUUCUACAAGCAGACCAGCAGAGGGCUCCACUUCCACUACUUCAAGGACGAGGAGGAGGAGGAAGCUCCACCCAUAGACUUCAGCCGUAGCAUCUCUAACCCGGUGUACGACUCCGCCCCCGAAUCGGCCACAAACGACAUCGCAGAUGACAAACACGCGGCGCCGGGCGCAGUGUCGUACGACCUCCUGCAGGACGGCUGACCAAGUGAAACGAUGUGUUCAGGUUCCUAAUCUGUUAAAAAUUGUAAACAAUAGUCAUCAGUGAAACGUUGAUUAAAAAAAAUUAAAAAUGUU